UAAGGAAUUAUAUUGGGUACUCAAACUGAGUAAUAAAUGUGUGUUGAAUGCUUCUGUUUAUGAAAUGUACUUUUAUGGAAGAAAAAUGCAAUUCAGAAUUAGGCCUGGAGAAGGCAUCAAUAAAUUGAAGGACAUUCCAUGUUAAUGGAUAUGAAGACUUCAUAUUGUUAAGAUGUCAGUAGUUCCCAAAGUGAUCUACAGAUUCAGUGCAUUCCCUACCAAAAUCCCAAUGACUUGUUUUGCAGAAAGAAAAAAAAUCCAUCCUAAAAUUCAUAUGGAAUCUCACAGGACUCUGAAUACCCAAACAAUCUUGAAAAGGAAGAACAAACAUGGAGGCCUACACUUACUGAUAUCAAAACUUAGUACAAAGCAACAGUCAUCAAAAUAGUUUGAUGCUGACGUAAGGACAGAUGUAUAGACCAGUAGGAUAGAAUAAAGAGCCCAGAAAGAAAUCUUUACAUGUAUAGUUAAAUGAUUGUUGACAAGGAUGCCAAGAUUAUUCAGUGGGAAAAGGACAGUCCUUUUAACAAAUGGUGCUGAGAAAACUAGUUAUCCACAUGUAAAAGAAUGAAGUUGGGCCCUUGCUUUAUACAAUAUGUAAAAUUAAUUCAAAAUGGCUCAAAGACGUAAAACUGUAAAACUUCUGAGAAAAACACUGGGGGAAAGCUUUAUGACAUUGGGUUUGGCAGUGAUUUGUUGGAUAUGACACCAAAAUCAAAAGCAACAAAAGAUGUAAAUUGGACUACAUCGAAAUUAAAAAUGUCUGUGCACCAAAGGCUGCAAUAAAGUGAAAAGGCCACCCAUGGAAUGGGAGAAGAUACUUGUUUAAUAAUCAACAUCACUAAUCAUCCAAGAAAUGCAAAUCAUUACACUGCAUUACACCUCAUCCUCACACCCAUUAGGAUAGCCACUAUCAAAAAAAUCCACCAAAAAACAGAAAAGUACAAGUGUUGGUGAGAAUGUGGAGAAAUUAGAAUCCUUGUGCAUUUUUGAUAGGGUUGGAAAAUGGUGCAUCUGCUGUGGAUAAAACUGGAAAUGCCUCAAAAAUUUAGACAUACCAUAUGAUCCAGCAAUUCCACUUCUGGGUAUAUAUCCAAAAGAAUUGAAAGCAGGGUCUUGAAGAGGUACAUGCAAAUGUAUUCACAAUAGCCGAGAAGCAAAAGCAACCCACAUGUUAUUAACAGAUGAAUGGAUAAUGUAGUAUAUACAUACAAUAGACUACUAUUCAACCUUAAAAAGGAAUGAAAUUCUGAUACAUGCUCCAACAUGGAAGAACCUUGAGGACAUUAUGCUAAGUGAAAUAAAAGACUUCAUGAUUCCACUUAAUGAGACUUUAUAGACCAUUUUAUCUUCAGCAGACCAGUAUGCCUUUAAUAAAUUACUCUGUUCAGAAGCCUUCCAGUCCGUUUGAUAUAGAUAAGCCACCUAACACCCAAAAGCAAACUCAAGUUAAACUAAGAAUCCAAACAGAUGGCGAUAAAUGUGGUGGAAUCCCAAUUCAACUCCAACUGAAAGAGAAGAAAAAAAAAGGAUAUUGUGAAUGUUGCUUGCAAAAAUAUGAAGAUCUUGAAACUCAUCUCCUAACUGAGGAACACAGAAACUUUGCACAGAGUAAUCACUAUCAGGUUGUUGACAAUAUCAUAUCUAAGUUAGUAUUUGACUUUGUGGAAUAUGAAAGGGGCAUGCCUAAAAAGAAAAGAUUAAAAUGCAGUCUUGGAUCUUUUUCUCCUGUUACUGCAAAUAUACUGAAAAAGUUUCAGCCAAAGGAAAAGCUAGAAUUGCCACCUACUUCUCAGAAGGACUUCAUGGAAAAUAAUGUACAGGUGAUCAAGCAUAAUUUUCAAUAUAAAGAAACCCAACAACUUAAAGAACAACUUGUGUUUACUUCAGAGCACAUCCCUUAUCCUUCAAAUGAAUUGAGAGAACUUGAUGAGAAAACAACCAAUAAAUGUUCUAUGUUAAAUCCAGCUGAAAAUGACAUAAAACACAAUUUUACUCAUCUACCUCCAGAUCAAAAUGAACAAGAAUAUAUUCUUGAUGUUUCUAAACAUAAAUUAAUUAUAGGUGAAAAUGACUUGGAAGAAGUAAGAACAGAUCACAGUCCAUGUAGGCUACAGACAUCCGUACAAGUUUCUGAUUUCAUAAUGGAUAAUAGUACAUCUCAACCAAAACAAAAGUCAGAUACUGUGCUGCUGCCAGCAAAGGAUCUGAAGGAAAAGGACCUUCAUUCAGUAUUUGCUCAUGAUUCUGGUCUGUUAGCAAUAAGCAGUUCACGGGAGCACCUUCCUGUUCAGGCAAAUACUCCACCCCCAAGUCGUCCUGAGGAAUCCAGUGAAUGUGACAUCAAGAAUAAGGAUAACUUACCUUCUGGUAAAAUCUGUCGGAAAGUGAAAAUAUUGUUAGGAAGAAAUAAAAAGGAAAAUCUUGAGCCAAAUGUGGAAUUAUAUAAGAGAAGAACUGACUGUCUUACUACACAAAAGGAAAACAGAAUUUGUAGUUCACAGUCUCUACUGGACUUAUUUCAGACUAGUGAAGAAAAGUCAGAAUUUUUGGGUUUCACAAGCUAUACAGAAAAUGAUAGUAUAGGUGAUGUUUUUCAUAUCUGCAGGGAGGAAGCUUCAAAUAGUCUGUUGUCAGUGUUUUCUUCUUCCCUUUCAACUUCUACAUUUACUGGCUUUUAGACUUUAAAAUAAUAAACACUUUUCAAAUGUGAUAAAGAUUAUAUUCUUGAAACUUUUAUAAAUGUAUAAAAAUUCUUGUUUGUUUUUUUGCCAACUUUGUUUACAGAACCAAAUGUUAACAAUAAAGAUGAUGUUUGCAUUUUUCUACAGAAUUGAAUACUAUUAAAGAACAGUUGUAGAAUAUACUUGCAACUCAUCUUUACACACUGGGUUGAUCUUUUCUAAGAAUUAUGAGUAAGUACUUUGUUACUAAAAACUAAUUUCAAGGGAAAUUUGAGAAUAUUAUAAUUUACCA